UGCAACAACCAAGGACCAUGUUGUUUGCUUGUGCUAUCAUUGCUCUUAUUGUUAUACUAUUCAGCCGCUGGGUGUAUAGGUGGAGAAACCCCAAGUGUAACGGGGUAUUACCACCAGGUUCGAUGGGGCUACCAAUUAUAGGAGAAACAAUUGAGUACUUGACCCCUUAUGCAACAGAUGAUCCCCCACCAUUCCUACAAAAAAGAAUCUCAAGGUACGGGCCAAUUUUUCGCACGAAUAUACUUGGGCAGUCGGUCGUUAUAUCAACUGAUGCUGAAGUCAACUACCGUGUCUUCCAGCAAGAAAAUAAUGGUUUCGAGCUCUGCUAUAGUGAGAGUUUCACCCGGGUAACUGGGAAACAAGGUUUAGCUGGCUAUCAUGGAGACUUCCACAAGUACCUCAGGAGCUUAAUGUUGAAGCUUGUUAGCCCUGAAGCCUUAAGAGAGAAGCUGAUAAACGACAUGGUUGACAACACUCGAGAGCAUCUAAGUUCUUGGAGUAAACUUGGAAAAGUAGAUGCUAAAGAUGGAACUGAUGAGAUGUUAUUUAAACUUGCUGCCGAGAAGAUGCUUGGCUAUGAAGAAAGCAAGGCUCGGAAAAAAUUGAGAGAAUGUUAUUCGACAUUCAUGGAUGGCAUGAUCUCAAUUCCUCUCAACUUCCCUGGAACAGCAUUCUAUGCUUGCUUACAAGGACGUAAGAAAGCAAUGAAGGUCAUCAAGGACAUCUUUGAGAUGAGGCGCUCAGGCAAUCACACUAAGAGGGUCCUUGUGGAUCAUUUACUUGAGCAAAUAGAGAAAGAAGACACCUUUUUGAAUGAAGAAAUUGCGAUGGACUUAAUAUUCUUGUUUCUGUUUGCUGCCCAUGAAACAACUGCAACAGUUAUGACUUUGACCCUGAGGCUUCUAAAUGACCAUCCAAAUGUUAUGGCUGAACUAAAGAGAGAGCAUGAAAAAAUUCUUAAAAUGCGAGAAACUAAAGAUUCUCGUGUUUCAUGGAAAGAGUACAAGUCUAUGGCUUUCACGCACAUGGUUAUAAAUGAAGUAGUUAGGGUUAUAAAUGUUGCCCCUGGGAUUUUUCGCAAAGUUCUCAAGGAUGUUGAAAUAAAAGGGUAUACAAUUCCUGCUGGUUGGAAGAUAAUGGUUUGUCCAGCAUUAAUUCAUUUGGAUCCUAAUCGAUACGACAACCCCUAUGAAUUUAACCCAUGGCGAUGGGAGGGCCAAGAAUUGCAUACGGGAUCAAAAAAUUUCAUGGCAUUUGGUGGAGGUGUGAGGCUUUGUGUUGGUGCUGACUUUGCAAAGUUGCAGAUGUCAAUUUUUCUGCAUUACAUGGCCACAAAAUAUACCUGGAGAGUUAUCGAUGAAGGAGACAAAAUCCGGAUACCUAUUGGUGUUCGUUUCCGCAAGGGAUUGCGUAUUGAGAUUUCGGAGAACGAAUAGAUUGUCAGCAGGGCAGUUCUCCAGUGAAUUUACCUUUCAGAAGCGUAUUUGUGAUGUAAUAAUAUACUGUGUUUUGCAAAAUUAAUUAGUUUGCUUACUACUUUGGGCUGUAUUACAUUGUAAUGUUGUAAGUGCCUAAUAAACAACAUUCUAGCUGGUUUCUUUCUUGAAACUAUAGAGAGUGUUGUCCUUUCUCUUUUUUAGUUGCUUUCCACUUAUCUAAUUGUUGAAGAUUGUAUAAUAGUUGCAGUUUGA